AUGUCUGCUAAAGAAACACCAACCCAAGGAUUGACCGGUAAGAUCUCCAACUUGGAUGUAUCCACCAUGCAAGGAAAGUCAUUGACUGACAAAUUGGCCGAACAGGCCAAGGCUAAGGACGACUCCCAAACCACCACCGCCACUAAAGACGCGAUUGUUGCUGCUUCUACUACUACUACUGCCACCCCUACUGCUGAAGAUGAUGAAAGAUCUGAACACAGAAAGUUUUUGGAAAAGCACAAGGCCAACAGACAUAAGUUGAGAGAACAAGAAUCCGAAGAACCUUUAUUGAAGGAAAACUCCCGUAGAUUCGUUAUGUUCCCAAUCAGAUACCACGAAAUAUGGCAAAUGUACAAGAAGGCUGAAGCUUCUUUCUGGACUGCUGAAGAAAUUGAUUUAAGUAAGGAUUUACACGACUGGAACAACAGAUUGAAUGACAAUGAACGUUACUUCAUCUCCAGAGUGUUGGCCUUCUUUGCUGCUUCUGAUGGUUUAGUCAAUGAAAACUUGGUUGAAAACUUUUCUGCUGAAGUUCAAAUCCCAGAAGCCAAGGCUUUCUAUGGUUUCCAAAUCAUGAUUGAAAUGAUCCACUCUGAAGUCUACUCCCUUUUGAUUGACACCUAUGUCAAGGACCCUCAAGAAGCUGAAUUCUUGUUUGAUGCCAUCCACACUAUUCCAUGUAUUGCCAAGAAGGCUGACUGGGCCUUGAAGUGGAUUGCUGACACUGACGCCUUGUAUGCUGAACGUUUAGUUGCCUUUGCUGCCAUUGAAGGUAUCUUCUUCAGUGGUUCUUUUGCUUCUAUCUUCUGGUUGAAGAAGAGAGGUUUGAUGCCAGGUUUAACUUUCUCCAACGAAUUGAUUUCCAGAGAUGAAGGUUUACAUACUGAUUUUGCUUGUUUGUUGUUUGCUCACUUGAAGAACAGACCAGACCCAGAAAUUGUUGAAAGAAUUAUUGUUGAAGCCGUUGCCAUUGAAAAGGAAUACUUCACAGACGCUUUGCCAGUCAGUUUAUUAGGUAUGAACUGUGCCUUGAUGUGUCAAUACGUUGAAUUUGUUGCUGACAGAUUAUUGGUUGCCUUUGGUAACAAGAAGGUUUACAAUGUCGUUAACCCAUUCGAUUUCAUGGAAAACAUUUCCUUGGCUGGUAAGACUAACUUCUUUGAAAAGAGAGUUUCCGACUACCAAAGAGCUGGUGUUAUGGCCAAGACCAAUGAACCAACCUCAUCUAGUCAUGAAUUCAAGUUUGAUGAAGAUUUCUAA